AUGAAGUUUACUUUUACUUUAUUUGUGGUUGUAACCUUAGUUGUAUGCGUUACUGUUUCUAUCGCAGCACCAAUUGAAACCCAUGUUAUUCAUAAAAGAGGAACGGAAGAUGACAAGCAUCAUUGCGACAAAAAGGAUGAAGGUUGCCCUCCGAAAAUUCCUGAAUUCUCAGAUCCAAAAUCGGUUGAUUCUCCUAAAGGACCAAAGGACCCAAAAGAUGGUGAGGAUGGCAAAUUCCCCGAAUUUCCAAAAGAUGGUAAAUCUCCUGAUGGCAAAUAUCCCAAAUUUCCAAAAGGUGUUGAAGACGGUAAAUCUCCUGAUGGAAAAUCUCCCAAAUUUCCAAAAGGUGGUGAAGACGGUAAAUCUCCCGAUGGAAAAUUUCCUAAAUUCCCCAAAAAUGGUGAAGAUGGUGAUGGCAAGUUCACUGAUGACGGAAAGUUACCUAAAUUUCCGAAAAGUGACGACGGUAAAUUUCCCGACGGAAAAUCUCCUGAUGGUGGUAAAUUCCCCAACGAAGUUCCUCCAAAGAAGCCUUAA